GCAGGGAUACAAUGACAACACUAACCCCUAUCUCCAUUUCAACAGACCGAUACCCAAUGGACGAUUGACUACAAAACUCAAUUCUGCCCGAGACUACCUGCUAUACUUCAUCGCUCAAUCUAUCAUUACCAUCCAGAGAACAUGUUGUGCUCUCGCUGUGGACUGGCAUACUCUUCUUCUUGCAAUUAAGCCUAGACUCAGUGGCUUAUGCCAGUGUGUUUCAUUUUCCCACUUGAUUUCAUUUUGGCGCGAUGUAUUCCGCCCCAAUGCGGUGUCUGCCUAUAGGGCGCGCCGCCACCGCGGCAGCAGCGACGGUUUCUCGUCCGUCGGGGCGUUUCGCGGAUCGGAUAAGCUGCUCUGUGCUUCAGAUGCCGUGGCUUCUCCCGCCGUGUCGGGGGUUCUCAUUUACCGCUGGGAAUAGCGUUGGGAGGACAAUUCCCCACGGAAAAUCGCAUGGCGGGAGGAAUGACACGGGUAGGCUGGAGAGGCUGGAGUUGGAGAGGGGUGCCCGGUCUGAGGCUGAGGAUGCGAAAGGGAGUGGAGGGGGGAAACCGCAUAAAAAGAGGAAAAAAGGGGGGGCUGUAGGGUCGAGGCAGCAAUUGGCGGAUGCGAUGACCAAAGGGAAGCUGUUGACAACGCCGUCGAAGCUGUUCAAACUUUUGAUUCCGUUGACGACGUCGGAGGAGUCGGAGCAGGAUCAUCGGCAGAGCAGAGAUGUCGAGCCAAUUGCCAUCUUGGUGCAUCCGCAGCAACCUCUCUCCCAACUGAAACAGCUCAUUCAAAAUGAAAUCCCCCCGAUAGCCGUCGACCAAGGACGGUCCAUCCCGCCAGAAGUAUCCUUCCUAGCGCUCCAAAUCGACGACAACCCAAUCCUACCACGAAAAGCCAUCUACGAGGCGACCGACACAGAAGUUAACAAGCUCAAAGACGGCGGAGCAGGCAAGUACCGAGCAUGGGGGGGCGAAGAAGACGCCGACAACCAAGACGACCCCUACACGUACCUGCACCAGACCGCACCCGAAGAAAAGAAGCGGUUCGUGCGGUGGUCGCAAGCCACCGAGAUCGGCGACUUCGUGCGCGACGCAUCACGGGCACGCGAAUUCGUCGUCAGCGUGGAGGGCGCACCAACCGGCCUCCGGCUCAUCCACGUGGAGGUGCCGACGUUCAACGAACGCACGCACUUCCUGCGCAUGCGGCUGCGCAAGAUCUCCGAUCGGAUCAAGACGAUGGCGGAGGUGAAGCACGAGUGCGAUGCGCUGGCGCAGCGGGGCGCGCAGCGGGUGGCCAUUUGCGGGUUCGGCAUCCUCGCGUCGUGGUGGUGCCUGGUGUACAAGCUGACGUUUGGGACGGAUCUGGGCUGGGACACGAUGGAGCCUGUGACGUACCUGGUCAGUUUGUCGACGCUGAUGGGCGGCUACUUGUGGUUCCUCUACCAUAACCGCGAGAUAUCCUACCGGUCUGCGCUGGACUUUACGAUCAGCGCGAGGCAGAAGAAGCUGUAUCAGGCUAAGGAUGUGGAUCUACAUCUGUGGGCGUCGCUCAUUGACGAGGGCAAUAUGCUGCGUCGGGAGAUCAAGACCAUCGCGGCGGAGUAUGAUGUUGUGUGGGAUGAGACGAAGGAUGAGCGGGAUGAGCGCGUUACGGAGGCGCUGAAGAAGCAGCGAAAUGACCGGAAUGGAUCUCCUAAGGAAGACGAUGGGGAUGAUUAAAUUAUUAUAAGGUCGUCUAUUAUCUCAACCAUCCAUCUACCAUUCUCUACAUCCGUUCCAAUCCAUUGCAAUGCCAGACCAUUUCUCUCGACCCGACCAUCCACCGACCAUCUACCCAUUCCUCACAGGAUCAUAAUAUCUCGUCGCAGGGCCCUCAUCAGCCUGUCUCGGCUGGUUCGAUCUUCCUUGUCCUACACAUAAAUCAGCAAUACGUCAAACAACCAAA